ACAAUUUGAGUUUUGACAAUUGACAUACGUCAAUAUGGCGACCACGGCCUUAGAUUCAGAAAUUACUCAAAGUGAUAAAUAUUCCAUAUUAUUACCGACUUACAACGAAAGAGAGAACCUACCGAUCAUAAUAUGGCUAAUAAUUAAAUACCUCGACAAUAGCGGCUACGAUUACGAAGUUAUUAUCAUCGACGAUGGCAGCCCAGAUGGUACACUGGAAGUGGCGAAACAGCUGCAGAAGCUAUAUGGAUCAAAUAAAAUAUUAUUACGUCCGAGGGAAAAAAAGUUAGGACUUGGAACUGCCUAUAUUCAUGGAAUGCAACAUGCAACAGGCAAUUUUAUUAUCAUCAUGGAUUCAGAUUUAAGUCACCAUCCUCAAUUCAUUCCAAAGUUCAUAGAACUACAGAAGAAGCAUGAUUAUGACCUUGUAUCGGGUACUCGCUACAAGGAUGGGGGUGGUGUUUAUGGAUGGGAUUUUAAGAGGAAACUAAUUUCAAGGGGUGCCAACUUUAUAACACAACUUUUGUUGAGACCUAACGCUUCUGACUUGACCGGUUCUUUUAGGCUUUAUAAAAAGGAUAUACUACAGAAAUUGAUAGACAGCUGUGUGUCCAAGGGUUAUGUGUUCCAAAUGGAGAUGAUCAUUCGAGCGAGGCAAUUAGACUACACCAUAGGAGAAGUGCCAAUUACAUUCGUCGAUCGUGUGUAUGGGGAGUCCAAACUUGGUGGAUCAGAAAUUUUGCAAUUUGCUAAAGCAUUAUUGUAUUUAUUUGCUACCACAUAAAGUACAGUUUUAUUUGAAGUUUGAGACAAAUUCUAUUAUACACAAUCUCUUAACCAAAUUUGACAGAACUAAAAAUACUUCUAUCCCUUUCUAAUAUAGUGCUAAAACAAGAGAGAUUGUGUUUAAUGGGAUAACCACCGGUAUUUGUUUUAUUGCAAUCAUAAUACAAAAUAUUUAAAUACUUUAAAGUGUUUCUAGAUGUUGCCCUGUAAGGGACUUUGUGCAAUAGACGAACUGUAGCCAUAGCAACCAGAACAUGACAUGAAGUCCUGCUGUCUUUACGCUGUGCAUACAUUGGCAUAUCGAUAGCUGACUGCCUGUAAACAUUCUCAUCUAGUGCAUGAAGUCUCCAUAUAAAGAGCUGACUAAAAAGUAAGAAAAAAUAUAACUGUUAUAAUGGAACCCACUUUUGGUUCAAAAUGUAAAUUUGAAUAGCUAAGUACAAAUUCCUUCCUUUUCCUUAUAAUUAGUAGAUAUUUAAAAAUGUAUCGAUAUUUAAGCAAACUUAUGUUUUUUUUUUACGUUGAGACUAAUAAAUGUUGUAACCCA